GUUUGAACACUCCUCGUCAACAAAAGCAAAGUGGGGCCACUCCUUGUGAGAAAACAACACGCUAUAUUUAUUGCCAUGGCCACCAAUUGCCAAUUCAAAUAAACGAAGAUUGAUAAUUUUCUACGAUCACCACAAAACACUCUUCUCCAUACUUCCUUCUCCACAGUCAUAAUCAUCCCAAAAACCCUCCUUUCUGUAAAUGGCUGAGGCUUUGCUCGGAAUUGUAAUUCAAAACUUGCAAUCUUUUGGCCAAGACCAACUUGCAACGUUUUGGGGUGUUCACCAACAAACUCAAAAGCUUUCCAGCAAUCUCACUGCAAUCCGUGCUGUCCUCAGAGAUGCUGAGAGAAAACAAAUCACAAGUCAUGCUGUCAAAGAUUGGCUGCAGAAACUCACAGAUGCAGCAUAUGUGCUUGAUGAUAUCUUAGAUGAAUGUUCAAUUCACUCCACAAAAGUGAAUUUUGACGAUCGACAUACUUCAUGCCUAUCCCGUCUCCAUCCUAAGGACAUUCUCUUUCGUUUCAAUAUUGGCAAGAGGAUGAAAGACAUCACACAAAGAUUUCAUGACAUUCACGAAGAAAGAAGUAUGUUUAAUUUAGUACCCGGUGUCACAGAGGUCCAAACAAUCCUUGAUAAUUGGCGCCAAACUAGCUCUGACAUUACAGAACCUAUAGUCUACGGCAGAGACCAGGAUCGAGAGCAAAUUGUGAAGUUUCUUUUGGAAGAUGUUAGUGACAGUGAAGAGCUCUCCAUCUAUCCCAUAGUUGGCAUGGGUGGACUUGGCAAAACAACACUUGCCAAGCAGGUCUUCAAUGAUAACAGGGUAUGCAAACAUUUUGACUUGACAAUUUGGGUUUGUGUUUCUGAUGAUUUCAACACUGAGGUAAUACUACAAUCCAUCAUAGAAUGUAUCACUGGACAAAAUCCCAAUCUCAAUAGCUUAGAAUCAAUGCGGAAAAAGGUUGAAGAAGUGUUGCAUGGCUCAAGGUAUUUACUUGUUCUUGAUGAUGUGUGGAAUGAGGACCAAGAGAAAUGGAAGCAGUUGAAGGGAAAGUUGCAAUGCGCAAGGGCAGCAAAAGGAGCUUUCAUUUUGGUCACCACUCGACUCAAGGAAGUUGCUUCCAGCAUGCAGACGCAUCCUGCUUACCAUUUGAAAGAAUUGUCAGGAGAGGAUAGUUGGUCGUUAUUCAAACACCAUGCGUUUGGACCAAACAGAGAAGAAAUGGAAGAACUCGUGUCAAUUGGCAAAGAGAUAGUGAGAAAAUGCGUUGGUUCGCCGCUUGCAAUCAAAACAUUGGGAAGCAUAAUACGUGAUGAAAGUGACGUAAAACAAUGGCAGAAUGUAAAGGAAAGUGAGAUUUGGGAUAUACGGGAGGAAACUAGUUCUGCGACAGGUGAGGAAAAUUCUAUCAUGCGUGCUUUGAAGUUAAGCUAUUUUAAUUUGGAGUUGUCCUUGCGGAGAUGCUUUUCUUUUUGUGCAAUUUUCCCCAAAGAUUUUGAAAUAGACAAGGAAGAACUUAUUCAUCUCUGGAUGGCUAAUGGAUUUAUUAAAUGUGAAAGAAAUGUAGAAGUGGAGGAUGUUGGAAAUAAAGUGUGGAAAAAAUUAUACAGUAGAUCAUUUUUUCAAGAAGCUAAGUAUGAUGAAUUUGGUAUGAUCACAACUUUCAAGAUCCAUGAUCUAUUUCAUGAUCUUGCCCAGUCUAUUAUGGGUGAGGAAUGUGUGGUUAUUGUGAAAGGAAGAUUGACUCCAUUGCCAACUAGAGUUCACUAUUCAAGCUUGUUCAAUUCUGGUGUGUCUGAUGAUAUGACUGCUUUCAAGCAAAGAACGACGACUGAUUUGAAGAAGGUUGAAUCCCUGCAGACUUUUCUUGAUAUUGGUGGUAUUGGCCCGGUGCCAUCAAAUCAUUGUCUCCGAGCAUUGCAAACAAGCUCUUCAUUGGUGUCCCCACUCAAGGAUUUAACACUUUUGAGAUACUUGAGUUUGAGAUUUUGUAGAUGUUCGGAAGAAAGCUUAAAUAGCUCAAUUUGUCAGUUGCCGAAAUUGCAAAUACUGAAACUGUUUCAUUGUCAAGAACUUCAUGGGUUGCCUAAGGACUUGACACGAUUACAGGAUCUGAGGCAUAUUGUGAUUAAUUGUUGUCAUUUAAUACAAGAGACGCCUCCGAAUAUUGGCAAGCUAAGGCAUCUAAGAACCCUGAACACUUUUGUUGUGGGUUUGAAAGGAGGGUGUGGGUUAGCAGAGUUGCAUAGCUUAAAGCUGGGAGGCACGCUGAGUAUCAGAGGCCUUGAAAACGUCCCCAAUGAAUGGGAUGCUAAACAAGCAAAUUUAAUGAGCAAGAAAGAGUUGAAUCGCCUACACUUGUCAUGGGGUAGUAGUGCUAAUUCAGAAGUAUUACGUGAUGAAAGUGACGUAAAACAAUGGCAGAAUGUAAAGGAAAGUGAGAUUUGGGAUAUACGGGAGGAAAGUAGUUCUGCGACAGGUGAGGAAAAUUCUAUCAUGCGUGCUUUGAAAUUAAGCUAUUUUAAUUUGGAGUUGUCAUUGCGGAGAUGCUUUUCUUUUUGUGCAAUUUUUCCCAAAGAUUUUGAAAUAGACAAGGAAGAACUUAUUCAUCUCUGGAUGGCUAAUGGAUUUAUUAAAUGUGAAGGAAAUGUAGAAGUGGAGGAUGUUGGAAAUAAAGUGUGGAAAAAAUUAUACAGUAGAUCAUUUUUUCAAGAAGCUAAGUAUGAUGAAUUUGGUAUGAUCACAACUUUCAAGAUCCAUGAUCUAUUUCAUGAUCUUGCCCAGUCUAUUAUGGGUGAGGAAUGUGUGGUUAUUGUGAAAGGAAGAUUGACUCCAUUGCCAACUAGAGUUCACUAUUCAAGCUUGUUCAAUUCUGGUGUGUCUGAUGAUAUGACUGCUUUCAAGCAAAGAUUGACGACUGAUUUGAAGAAGGUUGAAUCCCUGCAGACUUUUCUUGAUAUUGGUGGUAUUGGCCCGGUGCCAUCAAAUCAUUGUCUCCGAGCAUUGCAAACAAGCUCUUCAUUGUUGUCCCCACUCAAGGAUUUAACACUUUUGAGAUACUUGAGUUUGAGAUUUUGUAGAUGUUCGGAAGAAAGCUUAAAUAGCUCAAUUUGUCAGUUGCCGAAAUUGCAAAUACUGAAACUGUUUCAUUGUCAAGAACUUCAUGGGUUGCCUAAGGACUUGACACGAUUACAGGAUCUGAGGCAUAUUGUGAUUAAUUGUUGUCAUUUAAUACAAGAGACGCCUCCGAAUAUUGGCAAGCUAAGGCAUCUAAGAACCCUGAACACUUUUGUUGUGGGUUUGAAAGGAGGGUGUGGGUUAGCAGAGUUGCAUAGCUUAAAGCUGGGAGGCACGCUGAGUAUCAGAGGCCUUGAAAACGUCCCCAAUGAAUGGGAUGCUAAACAAGCAAAUUUAAUGAGCAAGAAAGAGUUGAAUCGCCUACACUUGUCAUGGGGUAGUAGUGCUAAUUCAGAAGGUAGUAAUGUUAGUGUGGAGAGAGUACUCGAAGCCCUGGAACCACCCUCAGCUCUGAAGAGUUUUGGGAUGAGAGGAUAUCAGGGAAGACAAUUAUCCAAUUGGAUGAAAAGUUCUGUAGUUUUGAGAGACUUGGUGGAAGUUGAGCUCUUGGACUGUGACAACUGUGAAGAGCUUCCACCACUUGGUAAACUAGCACACUUGAAAAGGCUAGAGGUGAGUGGAAUGAAAAAUGUGAAGUGGAUAGAUGGUGAUACGUAUGAUGGCGUGGAGGAGAAGGCAUUUCCAUCGUUGGAGAAACUGACCAUGAGCAAUUUACCAAACUUGGAGAGAAUGUUGAGGGAGGGAGGAGUAGAGAUGCUCCCUCGACUUUCUGAAUUAAGAAUUUUUUGCGACUCCAACCUUAAAUUUCCACGUCUCUCUUCUGUUGAGAAACUUGUUGCUAUGAGCAUUGACGAAGUGGCUUCCUUCAUGGAAGGGGUUCUGGGGAAUCUUCCUUCUCUAAAGACCUUGGGCAUUUAUUGCAUUAAAGGAGUUGUGGUAUUACCCGACCAACUCAGUGGGUUGCAUGCACUACAAGAACUACGUAUUGAAGGAUGGUAUGAUGUGGAGUAUUUUCCAGAACACGUGCUGGAAGGUCUAACAUCUCUUCGAACUCUGUCCAUUAAAAACUGUAAGAAAUUAAAAUCAUUGUCUGAAGGAGUGCGACAUUUGGCUUGUCUUGAGAGUUUGACGAUCGGUAAUUGUCCAGAGCUGGUGACUCUACCAAGCAAUAUGAACCAACUAACUGCCCUUCGGAAUGUCUCAAUUAUUCAGGGAUACUCCACAUUACCUUAUGGCUUACAACGUGUCCCUUCCCUACGAGUUUUAGGUAUAUAUGCAUGCACAUGUACUUCAUUGCCGGACUGGCUGGGAGACAUGACUACUCUUGAAGAAUUAAGAAUUCAUUGCUGUUGGGAGUUGAGGUCACUGCCGAGUAGCAUUCAACGCCUCACCAACUUGUCUCAUUUAGCGAUACGCGAAUGUCCUCAUCUGAAAAAGCGGUGCAAGAGGGAAACAGGAGAGGAUUGGCAAUACAUAAAGCAUAUUCCAAAAAUACAACUAUAUUUCUGGAGGGAACCGACGUUUUGUGAUGAAUUCAAGAGUAUUUUGUUUACUUCCCGUAAUGUUUAA